AUGUUUAUAAUUUUUUUAAUCUAAGCUAUUUACUCGUUAAAUGCAGAGAACUUUUUGUGCGGACUGCGCCUAUUUUAUGAAGAAUAAACAUUCUUUUUGAUUGAUUAAUAGAAUUAGAAUACGAUGCCUUAUAUACUAACUAGCCAAUCACCUCAUUUCGCAUUGGAUAUCUAAUAAAGUUAUAAGUCUUCACCAAGUUUAAGCAAUAACUCAUAUUUCUUGGUGGGAUUUACUGAUGCUUACAUCUUCGCAGGCGAUGCUAGCGAAAUUUAAUGGUUAUCAAUUUAGGAGUUCAAAGUAAAGUAGAAUAGAACCACUGCUUCUGUUCACCUCUAUAAUGGUUAUAAUGGAUAUUUUGUUGAUAAGGAAGAGGAUGGAGGACAUUUGCUAAUAUCUAAAGAAAAUUUGGUGAGAGAAUUUUCUUUUGGUAAAACGGAUGCUGUAGAUAAAUUCGAGAAAAUGGGCUUUAUAUAUAUAGUAUCAUGGGGAGGUAAAGGGGAUGCUAUGUUGAUUUUAAAGCGGUUCGUACAUUUCAUCAGUCAAUCAGAAGACCAGGAAUAUUGCUAAUAAAAGGUCGCAUCAAUUUCGUUAGAAUAAAUCAAAUGUAAUUUGGAUAAUAAUUUUGAACGCUUAACUUUUCAAACGCCUGACCUAUAUCAUCCUCCUAUACAUUAUCAUUUGGGCAAUUAGAUAAUUAAUGGAACUUUGGAUAAUGAGUAUUUUACGAAAAACUACCCUGGGCUUCAAGUUUUUGUAGCAUAAAAUUUGAAUAACAAAGUCCUUGAGUUGAGAAUACCUAUUUAAAAUAUGGAAACUCACCAAUAAACUAUUGAUUAUCCUCAAAGUGGAUUAAUCGUGACUCUUUAAUAAGAAAAUAGAGGAUUUAUUCAUAUUCUAAUUUUUGAAAGCGAGGAUGGGAUUGUAAUCAAUUACAAAGAAGAUGACAACUUGGCUUAUAUAACUAUUGGUAUGACUGAUUCAAAAGUCUUUGUUUUUUCAUUUGUUACUUCAUAGUUUGCUAAAUUUCCUUCAAGUGAUUUGAUUGAACAUGUAUUUUAAGAUUGCAUAUUUAUCAUUCACCAGAGAAACAACGUCUGUGAAAAUCCUCAACAGCAAUGUUCUGAUGUUUCAUUAGACUUUUUUAAAUAAUUGCCAUUUCAAUUGCAAUCUGAUUAAAUAAUUAAAUUCAAAUCUAAUGAAUAAUUUUAGGAUACUCCAUUCGUUGAAAUGUUUGAUAAUACAGCAGUUGUUUAGAAUGAUUUUACAGUGUUAUUUACUUCUGAAAUUAAUAAUAGAGAAAUGAAUCAUGGUGGGUAUAUUGGGUCAUAUCUAAGAAUUACUUAUAAACAAUAAAGCAUUAACUCUUUAAUAAUUAAUGAACAGAAUGAAAAUUUAGAAGCCUUUUACAGUAUUAAUGAUAAUGUUUGUAAGUUUAUCCUAUAUACUUUAGAUUCUCAUUAAAUUUAGAAUAUUAUUGGAAGAACUUAUGUUCUGGUAUUUACUUCUUAAAAUGAAUUUACAGACAUGUAAUGUUUGUAACUGUUUCGAGAAUUCAUAGAUCAUAUUUAAAAGACAUUUAUAUUGGAUUAGAUUUAAGAUCAUUGUGAAGCUCAACAAAAAUAUUAUGAUGUUAAACCUAUACAGUAUAAAGAAAUACAUAAAAGAUUAAAGUAGCCAACUGAGUUGAUUCAAAAAGUUGAAGAGGAUUAAUUUGACUAAGAUGAUUUAGAAUAUUCUACAGACGAAGAUGAAAAUAUUCAAAAAGAUGACGAAAUUAAUUAGGAAUAACCAGGAUCUGUUAGCGAGGCCUUUUUGAUGCCAGAAGAUAGUCACCCGUAACCUUAAUAAAAUAUGGAUGAAACAGAAAAAUAAAAUUCAAUAAUUUAGUAGCCAAUUUAAAAAGAAGAAUAGGAUUAUGAAAAAUCAUAAGAUUAAGUAUAAAAAUUGUAAUAGCAUUAAUAAUAAUAAUAAUUGUAAUAGUAAUAAUAGUUGUAAUAAUAAUAAUAGUAGUAAUAGUAAUAACAAUAGUUGUACUAAUAAUAGUAAUAAUAAUAAUAAUAAUAAUAAUAAUAAUAAUAAUAAUAAUAAUAAUAAUAAUAAUAAUAAUAAUAAUAAUAUUAACCAAAAUAAAUUUAUUCGAGUAAAAAAGAAUAACUAGAUUAAGAGGAAAGAUAAAAAGAAAUUUAAUAAAGCAAAUAAAAUGUAUAAAAAUAAUAGUCAAAUGCUCAAGAGUCUUAAAAUUUUAGAAAAUAAUAAUAAUUAUAAAAAAUUGAUGCAGAAAUCUUGAAAGAAGAGAUUUAAUAAAAACUUUAAGUUCGAAAUGAAGAGCAAUAUCAUCAACAAGAGAAAAGUGAUUCCUAAAAUCAGCAAUUUUAAAAGGAGGGAGUUAGAUAUUUAAAUACAGGAUAUUAUCAGAAAGACUAUGGUAGAAGAGAUUAACAUCAUGGGAGAGAAGAUGAUUAUUCUGGAAGACAUAGCGGUAGAAGAGGACCUCCAUUGACAGGCUAGAGUGUGACAAUACCAAAAAACCCAAACGAUUAAGAGUUAGGAAGGUUCUUAAGAGAAGUAAUCAGCAAAUUAUAUAUUUAUUCAGAUCCAUGUGAUGCAAAAUCAUCAAACUACAGUCCAGAUAAUUGUAAUGCAGAUAAUUAGUAUGGUUCUUCUUCAAUAAAAAGAACAGAACCAAGACAAAGAGAUUUUUAUAGAAGUGCUUAUAAAUAUGACAAUAGAUAUGAAUAUAGAGCCUGUAUCACUGUAUAUAGUAAAUGCUAAUUUCAGGGAGAAUCUUUAUAACUUUGUGGACACUAAAGGAAUAUUCCAAAAGCAUAAUUAUACUUAGAUAUUUUAUCAAUUAGGGCUGAUGAAAAUUACAUAGUUGAAUUUUAUAUGAAAGGAAGGGAUGGAAGAUCAGAAUUGUACACAUUAAAAGGUACUUAAAAAUGUUUAAAGUCUCCAUUAAGAGUUGAUUGGCUAUUGCAAUGA